CUUGCCUCCAUUUUGCAGUGUGUGUGUGGGUGCGCAGUGAGGGUGCGCAGUGUCACAGGGAGUAAACAGCAGCAGCAGGACGCACUGAGACAUUCUGCAGAAAUGGACGGCACCAGUGACGUUGCAGUUGGAGUGAAGAGAGGAUCAGACGAGCUGAGUCUGUACAGCAGCUCCAGCUCUGCCCUGAGCAGCAUCACUGACGGCUCUAAUGGCAGUGACAGUAAGAAGCUGAGAGUGGAAGAGGCCCCCCCCUCCAGAGUGCUCCACAUCAGGAAGCUUCCCAACGAAGCGUCGGAGACGGAGGUCAUCGCGCUCGGCCUGCCGUUCGGAAAGGUCACAAACAUCCUGACCCUGAAGGGCAAGAACCAGGCGUUCCUGGAGAUGGGGACGGAGGAGACGGCCGUCACCAUGGUCAACUACUACACCACGGUCACUCCUCACAUCCGCAACGUGCCCGUCUUCAUCCAGUACUCCAACCACAAAGAGCUGAAGACAGACAGCGGCAACCAGAGGACGCAGGCGGUGCUGCAGGCGGUGUCAGCUGUGCAGUCAGGGGGGUCUCCCAGCUCUGAUGUCCAGGAGGCUCUGGCUGCUGCCUCCAGCCCCGUGCUGAGGAUCAUCAUCGACAACAUGUUCUACCCCGUAACACUGGAUGUACUGCAGCAGAUUUUCUCCAAGUUCGGCACGGUGAUGAAGAUAAUCACGUUCACAAAGAACAAUCAGUUCCAGGCUCUGCUCCAGUUCAGCGAGCCAGUCAACGCCCAGCAGGCCAAACUGGCGCUGGAUGGACAGAACAUCUACAACUCAUGCUGCACGCUGCGCAUCGACUUCUCCAAGCUGGUGAACCUGAACGUGAAAUACAACAACGAUAAGAGCCGAGACUACACUCGUCCAGAGCUGCCAGCUGGAGACGGGCAGCCGAACCUCGAAUCCUCCAUCAACGCCUUCAACAAGGACUCCGGCUCGCUGCUCGGGAAGAUCCCAGGAGCUCUGAACCCUCUCAGUGCAGCAGCAGCGGCGGCGGCUGCAGCCGGGCGGGUCGCUCUGUCUGGACAGAACGGGUCCAGUGGGGUGCUGCUGGUCAGCAACCUCAACGAGGAGAUGGUUACGCCCCAAAGUCUGUUUACCCUCUUCGGAGUGUAUGGUGAUGUGCAAAGGGUGAAGAUCCUCUACAACAAGAAGGACAGCGCUCUGAUCCAGAUGUCCGACGGGAACCAGGCGCAGCUCGCCAUGAGCCACCUGAACGGGCAGAAGAUGAACGGGAAGAUCAUCCGCGUGACGCUCUCUAAGCACCAGACGGUGGCGCUGCCUCGCGACGGGCUGGACGACCAGGGCCUCACCAAGGACUUCAACAACUCCCCCCUGCACCGCUUCAAGAAGCCCGGGUCCAAGAACUUCCAGAACAUCUUCCCCCCCUCGGCCACGCUGCACCUCUCCAACGUGCCCCAGGACGUGACGGAGGAGGACCUGCGGCUCCUCUUCUCCAACGCCGGAGGAACCGUCAAGGCUUUCAAGUUUUUCCAGGACCGUAAGAUGGCUCUGAUCCAGAUGACCACGGUGGAGGAGGCCAUCCAGGCUCUGAUCGACCUUCACAACUACAACAUGGGGGGCAGCCAGCACCUCAGGGUGUCCUUCUCCAAGUCCACCAUCUAACCCUCUACCGACCAUUCCUCCAGAGACUGAUGGACGCUCUGUAGUUUGAUGUUUCUCUCUUAAAGAUACUCAUGUGCCUUAUGGAUGUCUCCCUGUUUCUACUCUUCAGCCCCCUAUGCUUUCAGGCACAUCGGUAUUGGGUUUUUUGUUUAGAUCCAUCACUUCUUCUUCUUUAGUUUCUGAGCAGGGGAAUAUUCCUGACUCUUAUUCCACCGGUCCGUCAGUAUCCGUGUUUCCGAAGGCUUUCCAUAGCGGUGUGUGUGUGUGUGUGUGUGUGUGUGUGUGGCGUCGGCAUGCAGGUGACAGGAAGUGAUGCAUGAAGACGAUCUCCUGUGGUUUCUAAGUACUGGGAGAGCUCCUCUGUGGACCAACGUCUCUGUGCCUUUAUGGCGCGUUUCCACUGCAGGCCUCGCUCGGUUUGGUUAGGCCUUAUUAGGCCCGGCUCACUUUAUGCUGCGUUUCCAUUACAUUUAGGAACUGGGGCAGUUACUAUAGUAACGCAGUGUAGGCGGAGCCGUGACGUCAUCUUCAAUGAGAGCCCCAGAAAAACAACACAGCCGUUAGCUGUUAGCACUCAGAGCUCACAGCUCCUCAUAUCUGUUCAGAAACUAGACA